AUGCACGCUUGGGGCUGGUUAGGCUACAACAUUGGAAACCCCUGGCUUAAGUUCAAGCCCCUUGCUUUUACCUCUCGAUUUUCAAAUAAACCCGUUAUCGAUGCCAUCAACGAGGAUGUUAAGAAAUCCGAUGGUCCUGAAGACCACGAAAGAAAGGCGAGUCGCGUCUUGUUCAUUUGUGCUACCCUAGCCGAGGAGGGCACAUCUCUUCUCCUGCGCUCCUACGCAACUCAACCAGACGAUUAUUCGAGACUCGAGGUUUUGAAUCAUACCACAAUCAAUGAGGCUGUAGGCGCUACAUCUGCUGCCCCAACAUACAUGCCCGAGGUUGAGAUUCAAGGGUUAAGAUGCUGGGACGGCGGACUUCUUAACAACAACCCAAUUGAUUUUCCAAGUAUGGGCACCAAGAUAUGA